UUUUUUCACGAUGCCAGCCCGUUAAUUUUUUCAAGAAUCACAAAUAUUCUCAAAAAGAUGACAGCGAUUAAACUAAAUUUCGAGAUGUCUUGUGAAUACAUAAUUCCAUCGACAGGAGAAGUGUCCCUGAAGUAUUUCAACACACCCAACACUAUGAUUUUAUUAUCGACCGACAUUCAGAAAUCUAUUGACGAUUUAGCUGGAAUUAUUCAAACCAAAAUGGAAGAAUUCGCAGAAUCUAAAUCUGGAUGGAGUCUACGGAAAAUAUGUCAGCUAAUGGUUGCGUUCAACAAGUACACUCCAAUAAACGGCCGAAUCUACAUACCGUUGCCAACAGAAUUGAAAAAGAAAGGAGGCAUUAUUAAUAUAAUGAAUACUGAUCGUCUUUGUUUUGUAUGGUCGGUACUUGCAAGUCUUUAUCCCUGUAAAGAUAGUAAUUAUGAACGUACUGAUGCCUAUCCGCAGAACUAUCACGAUAUAUUAAAUUUACGUGGUGUACAAAUGCCUGUUCAGUUAUCAAGUAUUCCUAAAUUUGAAGCUCAAAAUUCUAACAUAUCAAUUAACGUGUUCACGGUCAAUGACAAAACGCAUGAAAUUGAAGGCCCUAUAUAUCAUACAAAAAAUGUAAAAAACCAUCACAUAAAUUUAUUAUAUUUAAAAAAGACUCGAUCCAAACAUGGCCAUUAUUGUCUUAUUAGCGACUUAAGUAAAGUUUGUGGAAGAAAUAUUUCGGCUCAUAAAGCGAAAAUGUUCAUUUGCGAUAGAUGUUUAAAUCAUUUCUCCCUUAAAUCACAUUACGAGUCGCAUCAGCAGGAUUGUAAAUUAUUUUCUCCAGUUAAGAUUACUUUACCUGAUGAAUCUAGUGCUCAUUUAGAAUUUUCAAAUUACAAAGCGCUUCUUAAAAAAGGUUUUGUUAUUUAUGCAGAUUUUGAAUGUUUGUUAAUUAAAGGUAAUGAUCAUCCGAUGAAAUAUCGACAUAUACCUUACAGUGUAGCGUUCACGAGUGUCUGUUCUUUUGACAAUAGUUUAAAUACAUUCUUUAGUUAUAUUGCCAGUUCACCAAAUGAUCAAACACCGGCUUCUUGGUUCAUUGCAAAACUUCAGAAAGAAAUUAACAAAAUGACGCAAAUUCUACGCUCGCGAGAUUUGCCAAUGUUGCCCCUUUCGGACGAGGAAAAAUUAAAUUAUAAUUCGUCAAUGGAAUGUCCUAUCUGCGGUCGCGUUUAUUGCGAAACCAAUCCAAAAGUCCACCAUCAUGAUCAUCUUACAGGGAAAUAUAUAGCACCGUAUUGUCAAAAUUGUAAUUUACAAUGCAAAAAAGAUUAUAGUAUACCCGUUUUUUUACAUAAUCUUAGUGGGUAUGGCGCUCAUCUUUUUAUUGAGGAAUUGGCUCGUAGUAAUUAUGUCAAUUUGGUACCAUUAAAUAUGGAAAAAUAUAUUGGAUUUUCGACUUAUUUCAAUCAAACUCGAGUUACAUUUUUAGAUUCAUACAGGUUUUUAUCUUCGUCCUUAGAUUCUCUUGUUAAAAAUCUAACUCCCGAUCAACUUUUAAUUACAAAGUCAUAUUUUUCUGAUGUAAAAAGUUUUCCAUUGUUAACACGAAAACAAGUGUUUUGUUACGAGUACUUAGAUUGUUGGGAUAAAUUAUCGAAAACGAAACUGCCUGAAAAACAUUAUUUUUAUAGUAGUCUGCACGAUGAACACAUAUCAGACGAAGAUUAUGCUCACGCUAAACUAAUAUGGGAUGAAUUUUCUAUUAAAAAUUUAAGUGAUUACGCCCUGUUUUAUUUGAAACUCGACGUAUUGCUUUUAGCUGACUGCUUUGAAAAUUUUAGAAAUCUGACUAUGAAGUAUUAUGGACUCGAUGCUGCCGGUUUUUUUACAGCACCUGGCUUAUCAUGGGCUGCUGCUUUGAAAAUGACACAAAUUAAACUCAGAUUAUUCACAGAUAUCGAUAUGACCCUUUUCAUUGAAAAAGCUUUAAGAGGUGGUAUAUCACAAUCUAUAUGUCGAUAUUCAAAAGCCAAUAAUAAGUAUUGUUCGUCAUAUGAUCCAAAUUUGGAUACUAAAUAUCUAAUUUAUUGGGACGUAUGUAAUCUUUACGGAUGGGCACAGUGCCAGAGUUUACCAUACGAUCAUUUUAGGUGGUUAGAUAAUUUCGAAAUUGAAAGUCUAGAUAUAAAUACAUGCUAUGCAAACACUGCUGAUAAAUGUUGUAUUUUAGAAGUUGAUUUGGAAUAUUCGCAGUCUCUUCAUGAUUUACAUGAACAAUUACCAUUUUGUUGUGAACAUCAGAUGCCUCCUAAUUCGCAAAAUAAUUCAGAGAAAUUAUUAUGCACUUUAUGCGACAAAACUAAAUACGUAAUUCAUCUUGAGAACUUAAGACAAACAGUGCAUUUCGGUCUGAAAGUGAUAAAAAUACAUCGUGUUUUAGAAUUCUCACAAAAACCUUGGUUAAAGCCAUAUAUAAUGUUCAAUACUGAUUUACGAAUGCAAGCCAAAUCUGCUUUUGAAAAAGACUUUUUUAAAUUGAUGAUAAAUGCCAAUUAUGGCAAAACACUGGAAAACGAUCGAAAGAAACGUAAAAUAAAACUAGCAAACAAUUGGUUUACCGCUAGAAAAUAUAUCUCUUUGCCAGAAUUUAAGUGUUCGCAAAUUAUAAACGAAGAUUUGGUUGUUGUUGAAUUGAAUAAAACAACUAUAAAUUUCGAGAAGCCGAUUUACGUAGGAUUUACAAUUUUAGAAUUAUCAAAAACGUUAAUGUACGAUUUUCAUUAUAAUUUUGUCAAAAAAGACCUAUCAAAUUGGUUCGCUUCCAAAUUAUUAUAUAUGGAUACCGACAGUUUCAUUUACGAAUUUACAACUUUACGUAAAGAAGAUACAACCGAUAUUUAUCAUAUAAUUCGAGAUUACGCAUCUUUGUUAUUUGACACUUCAGAUUUGCCUGUCGAUAAUCAGUGGGGUAUUCCACAAGUGAAUAAAAAGGAAAAGGCCGACUCGGCGGCCCCUCCUCCACUCGAGGGUCCCUGCGAUAGUCGAGAUGCCGAGGUGACGGUUAGCACGAGAUCGGACGACGUUCGAUUCCCGCAUAAAGACGAGGAAAAAAAACUUUUUUUCAUAAAUUUAAAAAUUGAGCGCCGCGCGAUACAGCGGUGGCGCCAUCUUCCAUCCUGCGCGCGCACCACACACACCUCUCCAUUACAACAAUAA